AUGGCAAGGAAAUCUGAAAUUCCUGUUAGUGAUAAGGGCACAAGACGACGUCUGUCGAUAAAUAUAACACCUAAUCUACCCACAAGUUCAUCAUCAUCAUCAUCAUCAUCAUCAAAGGAAAUUAACUUGGGAGAAGAUGAAUUAAUUCAAACAUAUGUUGAUCAAAACAGAAUAUUGGCUAAAAGAAAUGCAAUCUACUCUACCAAAAUAACAGAAUUGGAAAAUAGAUUAAACCAAUCUAAUUUAGAGAAUACUAGACUACGUAAUACCCUUUUGUCUUUAGUGACUUCCAUUGAGUCGAAUGUGAUGAACAAUUUCAACAAUGUUUUACAACUGAUUCAACAAUCAAGAAUUACUAAUGGAUUACCAAGAAAUGUACAACUAGAUUGUUUAGUCCAGCUGAUAAGACCAGAAACCUCAACACCUUUAAAUUCAACUACUUCAACACCAGCUUUUGAUAUUGAGGAAAAAGUUGUCAAAGAAAGCAAAGCAAAUAACUAUGGAGUCCCUCAAUAUUUCAAGAAAAAAUUACCAGAAGAAAAGAAAGAGUCAUUAGAGAAUUUUUCAACGAUUUUAGAACAACUGGAAUCGGAUGAUUUGGUGACAAUCGCUAGUAAUAGUACUACUACAACUACCACAAAGAAUGAAGAUAAAACUACUUGGGAUCUACCUCCUGUAAGUAGUGAAUCAAAAUUACCUUUGGAAUCGACAUUCAAUGAGAAAAGCUCAGUAUUACAGGAAGACCUGGGCGACGUAAAUACUAAAUUGAAGGAGUAUCCAAGUUCAAGCUCAAGCUCAAGCUCAAGCUCAAGCUCACAAAUCAACAGUGAUGAACCCAUAUCAACACUCAAACUGAAAUCGAAGACAGCCAAAGAAAGCAAAGAAAAGGGCAAAAAAUCUGCUAACAAACCAACUAAAAAAUCCACUUCUUUAGUUAAAACUGAAGAGAAACCAGAUCCUGAAACUGUAGGAUCAGAACCACCGGCAAGUACACGUGCAUCAUCAGAAGAACUUCCUCCAAGAAGACCUUCACGGAACAGAAAAGAAGUGAACUACAAACCUUUGUCUAUGCGUGCUAAAAUGAGAAGGGAAUCUAUCAAAAUGUUGGAUGCAGUUGGUGAUAAUGUGUUAAUAAACUAUACUACAAAUUCGAAGAAAAGAGCCAAUGAAUCACAACAAGAAUCAAAGGAUCAAGAAGAACCUCAAAAUAAGCGCAAAGCAUUAUCUAAUAUAACCAAUACAGCAAAAACCACCAACAAAAAGCGUCAAUCAUUAGAUGGAUUCGAUCAAGCUGAUUUAUCCAUAUUUGAUUUCCAGGAAGAUAAAACAUCACAAAGAAAUCGCAGAUAUACAACUAUUGGCUAA